AUGAUUGAACAUGUACUGGAACAAAAGAAGUUGGUUCCUACUGAGGAAACACCACAGAGAAGUAAGGUACGUUUUGUCAAGGAAAUCAUGGUAAAGCCACUACCCAAAAAGUUCAAGAUGCCACAACUAACAACUUAUUCUGGAAAGGGCGACCCUUAUGACCAUAUGCAAAACUAUGAGGCGGUGAUGCUUCUUCAUGGAUGGGAGGAUGCAAUCAUGUGCAGAGCAUUUCCGCUUACUUUAACAGAGCACGCACAUAUAUGGUUUAAUAAUAUGAAGGAAGGAUCAAUUUCAAACUUCAAUCAGUUGAGGAAAGAAUUUAUAGAUGCAUUCCUCAUUAAUGCUAGAAGAAAGAAAGACGCUUCGUAUCUUCUGACCAUUAAACAAGAAGAGAAAGAGAGCAUGAAAGACUAUGUUGAAAGAUUUCGUGCCACUACCUUAGAAGUACAGGAUCUUCAAGCCAUAGUGGCAAUAUCAGGAAUGCUUCAAGGGACAAGGUCAAGAGAUUUUCAAAAAUCCCUUUCCCUAGAUCAGCCCCUCACAUUGAGAGAUCUGUUCAGUCAAGCUAAUAAGUUUAUCCUUUCAGAGGAUGUUAUGAGGCACAUCAAUGCUGGAAACAGAGAUAAGAAAAGAAAAGAUAGAGAUGAAACAAAUGAUGAAGGGAGAAAGACUGGAAGAGGAAAUGAACACAGACAAGUUCCAAAACUCAAAUUUGAGAACUUUACACCAUUGAGCCAACCACGUUCUACCAUCCUGGCAAGUAUAGAAGGAUCUGGGCUCCUUAUCUUUCCUCCUAAGGUAAACAAGACAAUGGGCAAAUUUAUAGAUGCAUACUGCAGGUUUCACAAAACCCAUGGACACUCAACUGAUAGAUGCAGAGAACUGAUGAAUGAGAUUAAAUCUCUAGUGCGCCGAGGAAAGCUUAAUAGAUUUGGCUACUAA